AUGGUCCAGGGUAAGAAGGCCAACGAAAUGUCGAACGGCACAAACAAGUAUCAACAGCCCAACAUGGCCUUUCAGCGAAACAAUUUACCAGAUUCUCGUGGAGGUAGCGCGGGCAAGAGUGAUGGAAAGCCACAGAAUGGCAAUGCCAGUUUCUUCCGCACAGAUGCUGCGAUCUCUGGUGCCAAAACCCAAGGCGAGCGGCCGCUUCAGAGAUGGGUAGACGAUGGCCCUGCACCUGUCGAUGCUUCUUUGGAAUCUGGACGAAAUUCGAAGUCUACAGGAGCCUGGGACCAAUUCGCCGAGAACGAACGCCGCUUCGGGCUGAAGACCGACUAUGAUGAAAACAUCUACACAAUGCCCAUCAACAAGAACGACCCCCAAUACAAGCAAAAAGCAGCUGCGGCUGAUAAGAUUGCAAGAGAAAUUGAGCAUAAUGUACCUACCAAUCCGCAUGUGGCAGAAGAGCGCAUUAUAGAUAAUGUGGGAGGAGAUGAUGGUGUUGAUGAAGAAGAGAAGUACAGUGGUGUCCGCCGUCAACAAGAGUUCCCACCUCUGGGCUCAGUGAACAACAACAAAUACACACCCCCAGCGAGACGAGCUCCUACUGGACAAGCCACUGUCAGUGGUGCACCGGUCGAUCCGGCCAUCAUAUCUUCACAGCUUGCCCGUCCCGAUAAGCCAGCAGCUGAACGCCCAAAGCCCGCUGUGGCUGCCAAGGCAUCAAAGCCAGAGUUAGCUACCCCUCCUACUACAACCGAAUCCAGCUUUGCUGCUACCCCAGAGACGAAAGCUACACUCACCACAACACCAUCCUCCUCUAGUCGUACCGCAUCUCCUCAGGUCAAACCUGAAGGUGUUCCGAAUGCUACCGCGACCGUUGAGCGCGACGUUACAAACGCCUUCAAGACUUUCGCGACUCGGGAGAGGAGAGUCGUUGAGAACGCUCGCAUGACGAAGGCGAAAAAUGAUAAGGAAAUCAAGUUGAAUGACUUGAAGAAGUUCGCAAACAACUUCAAGCUCCAUACGCCAGUUCCAUCUGACCUUGUCCCGAUCAUUGCGAAGGAUCCUGCAAAGCAAAAAGAGAUUCAAGAAAAGGCCAGGCGUAAUGCUGAAGAAUCGUCGAAGACACAUGCCCCCGAGGCCGCCAAACCUAUCGCAGCUGUCCCAGAUGCUACUAAGCCCGCGCAGCGUCCAGCACCAGCUCCACACGGCACAUCUCCUGCAAACACCUCCAACCGCCAGAACCCUGGACGCAAUUCUGCUUUUGUGCAAGGCCCAUACAACCCAAACCAGCCCUUCAACAACAGGGGAUCUAACCAGACCUCGCAGCCGCAGCCGGCACAAACAAACCGCCCAGCUCCAAAUCUUGGCGCCCGUUUGAGGAAUCAGGAGCAGAACAAGCAUAGCCAGAUACCAGUGAAUCCAAUUCCAGUUCAUGAAACGCGUCUUCCACCCACUGGUCCUGCCAAUAUUGUCGACCCUAACUUCUCACGGCGAUCUAGUGGCGUGGCAAGUGUAGGACCAGCUGCCAGGCUGAACCCAAACAGCAUCGAGUUCCGCCCAAGUCCAAAUGCUCCAUCAUUCAGCCCGAACGGUAAUCCCAGCACUGGUUCAAGCCCCAGAUCGGCUCUCAACACUACUGCUCCCACCCCAGUUACUCGCUCAUUGCUUAAACGCAAGCCUAUUCCGGAAUCAGAGCGCCCAUCUAUCAAGGGCAAGUUCAAUGCCUUGGAGAAUAUCAAGACGUUCAAGCCAGGUCAAGGAAAGGACUGGAAGCCAACUGGAGGCAUCAAGCCCGCUUACGAUACUCCCCCCAUCUUCAGACAGGUUGCGGACGAGGAGAAAGCAGAUUCUACGAUCCACAUGACCUAUGCCAAGACAUUUGAGAUGGCACACUUCCCGCCACAGACCAUGUCUCCCCCAAAUCCUACCCACGCCAUUCCCCAGGUUCCACACCAACAUCAAUUGCCGUUUCAUCUACAACAAGGUGUGCAUAACAAUAUGGCUUCAAGACAGUCUCCUCGCCAGCCACCGAUGAAUCUUCACGGCAAUCAGCAUGCCCAUGGACCCACUCCACCAUUCAAUGGCCACGACGAGCACCGUAUGAUGCCAUCACAUUCAGCUCAAUCCUAUGCAUCUCCUCGACUUCAGAAUGUCCCAAUGGCAUAUCCAUCGCCGAUGAAUCAGAACGCACAAUUAGCCUUUCCUCCCCAGAUGAUGCAAUAUUCUGGGGCACCACCAAUGCAACCACAGCUUCGCUCGUUCUCCCAGAGUCAUCAGUUCAUGCCUCAGCAGGGGCAAAUGGGCCCAAUCAUGAUGCCAAAUCCCGCCGGCUCAUUCUUGACUUCCCAAGGCAUGGCCCCUGGGCCCCAGAUGAUGUACCAACAGGGAGGACAAGGCCCUUUUAUGCCACCUCAUAACGGCCCACCCGCCAUGCCAGCCAAUGGUUUCCCAAGCCCAGGACGAGGUGCACCAAUGAUGAUGAAUCAGGGUUCUCAGCAAGGCCAUCAGCAGCCCAUGUACGGGAUGAAUCCUGGUAUGAGCCCAGGACCGCAGUAUGUCGCACCCAUGUACCCUCAGCAACCACCUGGACAAAUGCCCAUGCGCGGGUAUGGCGGACCUAAUCAGUUUGGAACGAGUCCUCAGCAGAUGCAUCAAUAUGGACCUCAACAACAUCGAAACAAUCAUCCGAAUGGUAAUUACAACGGUAAUAAGAAUUUCCAGCAACAUGGUCAGCAUCCUAAUGGACCGGCAAGCAACCAAAUUCCCACCGGACCCCAAGUACGACCGUCGGAAGGCAGCGACGAAACAAAAUGA